CUCUCCCAAACCUAUCAUCUUCAAGUGAGAAAAUAAUCAAAUUCUUCUCGAGGAAAAUUACCUGGUUUCGUCCACCUUGAGCAGAUGGAUAGGUUUGUAUGGUACGCUCUUCUUCAUUUCCUUUCCAUGAUCGCAUUGGUCGCUCGCCAAUCAUCAGCCUCAUCAACCGUCAAUCCAUCUAAAGUUAAGCAAAUAUCAUGGAAACCGAGAGCCUUUGUAUAUGAAGGCUUCCUGACAGAUGAAGAAUGCAAUCAUUUGAUAUCUCUCGCGAGAUCAGAGUUGAAAAGAUCGUAUGUUGCUGAUAAUGAGUCCGGGAAGAGUAAACUUAGUGAAGUUAGAACUAGCUCUGGAAUGUUCAUUUCUAAAGGAAAGGAUCCAAUUGUUUCUGGGAUAGAGGAGAAGAUUUCCGCUUGGAGUUUUCUACCAAUAGAAAAUGGAGAAGACAUACAAGUAUUACACUAUGAGGAAGGUCAGAAGUAUGAAGCACACCAUGAUUACUUUGUCGACAAGGUUAAUAUUGCUCGUGGUGGACACCGAAUGGCCACUGUACUCAUGUAUCUGACUGAUGUACCAAAAGGUGGUGAAACUGUUUUCCCUGAUGCAGAGCAAUCACCUCGUAGAUCAAUGAUUUCCAAUGAUGAUUUUUCUGAGUGCGCUAAAAAAGGCAUAGCAGUGAAGCCACGGAAGGGAGAUGCACUCCUGUUCUUCAGUCUCCAUCCAAAUGCCAUUCCUGAUCCUAUUAGCCUGCAUGGCGGCUGCCCCGUGCUCGAAGGUGAGAAAUGGUCCGCAACAAAGUGGAUUCAUGUAGAUUCCUUCGACAAGAUUGUGGGAUCCGAUGGAAAUUGUACUGAUGUAAAUGAGCACUGUGAGAGAUGGGCUGCUCUAGGAGAAUGCACUAAUAACCCAGAGUAUAUGGUGGGAACUCUUGACCUCCUUGGUUACUGUAGAAAGUCUUGCAAAGUUUGUUAAUCAAUCAAGUAUAUGCCAUAUGGUGAAAACUCCACCAUCACUCCCACCCCAACUCACAGGUUUACUCUAGAGAAAUCCUUGCAAAAUAUUUUUGUUUUCAGAACAUGUUCUUCCACUCAGAACUCCUUUAGCAAUAUUGUCCAGUUUUUUCAUUCCCGUAUGCUGUAG